CUCAGUGGUUUCUUGGUGACACCAGACAGAACAACUCUACCCUUGCCUCUUCUGGCUUCUCACCGCGGCAGGGCUUGGACUUUGGGGUUUUGCCACUGCCAGACGGGCGUCUUGGACUUUCUCCUUCAAGUACUUGACCGAACACUUUCUUAGCAGGAUCUGCACAUCGCCGCUGAGAUGAAGCUGAUUUCAGUCGCCCUGAUGUACCUGGGCUCACUCGCCUUCCUAGGCGCGGACGCUGCGAGGCUAGAUGUGGCGUCAGAGUUCCGAAAAAAGUGGAAUAAAUGGGCUCUAAGUCGUGGGAAGAGGGAACUGCGAGUGUCCAGCAGCUACCCCACCGGGCCCGCUGACUUGAAGGCCGGGCCUGCCCAGACUCUCUUUCGGCCUCAGGACCUGAAGGGCGCCUCUCGAAGCUCCCAGGACAGCAGUCCUGACGCCGCCCGCAUCCGAGUCAAGCGCUAUCGCCAGAGCAUGAACAACUUCCAGGGCCUCCGAAGCUUUGGCUGUCGUUUCGGGACGUGCACCGUGCAGAAGCUGGCACACCAGAUCUACCAGUUCACAGACAAGGACAAGGACGGCGUCGCUCCCAGGAACAAGAUCAGCCCCCAGGGCUACGGCCGUCGGCGCAGGCGCUCCCUGUCAGUGGCUGGCCGGGAUCGGACUCUGUCUUCAGAGCCACAGGCACGCGGGUCUCCAGCCUUAGGGGUGCACCAAGGGCGUGCCACUCUCCUUAGGAUAUAGGCUCCUGUGGCAGCAGCAAACAGUCGCGCAAGCAUCUCGCUGGUGCCUGCCAAGACGGAGGGCUUACCGAGAGGUGUAGGGUCCCGGCCGUGGCAGCCCUCCUGAGACCCCGAGUGUGGGAGGCACAGUCCAGCGGAGAGCUCUGGCUUUGCAGGGGUCCCUCCUGGGGCAGCGUUCUCUUUGCCCUGAUCAGGGCCCGGUGCCCCAGGGGGGGCAGAAGAAUCCGUGGGAGUGUCUGCCAGGCUUAUACAUAGGAGAAACUGAGAAUUAAAUGCUGAGACCCCUGGGUUAGGGGUCUGAGCCACUGCUGUGCCCACCCACAAACUGCUUUCUCAUGGGCUGUCACCCACCAGGGCGCAAGCCUCACUAUUACUUGAACUUUCCAAAACCUAGAGAGGAAAAGUGCAAUGCGUGUUGUACAUACAGAGGUAACUAUCAAUAUUUAAGUUUGUUGCUGUCAAGAUUUGUUUUUGUAACUUCAAAUAUAGAGAUAUUUUUGUACGUUAUAUAUUGUAUUAAGGGCAUUUUAAAGCAAUUAUAUUGUCCCCUUUCCCCUUAUUUUAAGACCCCAAUGUCUCAGCGAGGUGUAACGUUGCUUGUGUUGCUAGAUGUGUGGAGAAUGUGUGUGUGUGUGUGUGUACGCGCGAGAUGGAGAGACUGAUUACCUCUUGUGGAAGAAGGAAACACCGUGUCUCUGUAUAAUCUAUUUACAUAAAAUGGGUGAUGAUAUGUGAACAGCAAACCAAUAAACUGUCUCAAUGCUGA